AAUCGGAUCAGAACAUAGAAAACUUCAGUCAUCAUCAUGCAUGUGUAUAACUACCAGAAGAUUUGUGUCAUUUGAAAAGACUUAUAAAGAAAAAUAGACUCAGAGGAAUACGAGAACUCAGUCAGCAGACCGAAACGACAAUAACCCAGUGCUUAGACAUGGCCAGCACCCAGACCAGUUUGAAAACCCCUUUCAAAGACUUGACCUCAUUCAAGGGCAACAUGAAACGGCUGUACAGAGAGCGACUGGAGGACGCGCCCAUCAAGAAGCGAGUGAUGGCGGAGAUCAACCUGAAGCGUCGGAGCUUGGAUUGCCUCCCCAAAACUCCCAAGGUGAAGAGGGAGCAUAUCGAGGAUAUGUGCCACGACUCUGACAUGGAUGUAGAGGGCCGGGCUGAACUGCACAUGGUGGGCUCUGCUAAAGCCCUGGACCUGAGCCCGGGGCUCAAACACACACUGGCCCAGUUCACCCUCAGCAGCCAGAGCUCCCUCGGGGGCCCGGCUGCCUUCUCAGCCCGCACCGGCAACGAGCAUUCCCCGCACGGCAUGCCCCCCUUGCCCUCCCCUCCUGUCCUGGGAGGGGGCCCUCUGCUGGUUCCCUGUGACAGCUCCACUGAACUCACCCACUCGCUGCUAGAAGGAGAGUCUAUCUCCUGCUUCGUCGUUGGGGGAGAGAAGCGGCUCUGCCUGCCCCAGGUGCUCAACUCCGUGCUCCGCGACUUCUCGCUGCAGCAGAUCAACACUGUGUGCGACGAGCUCUACGUCUACUGCUCACGUUGCGACGCUGAGCAGCUGCACAUCCUCAAGGUGCUGGGCAUUCUGCCGUUCAACGCACCUUCCUGUGGCCUCAUUACACUGACGGAUGCACAGCGGCUGUGCAACGCUCUGCUGCGUCCCGGGGCGGCCUUGCCCGCCGACCCCAGCGGUAAGCUGUCGACCCAGGGCCUGCUGAAGGAGAGUGAAGCCAGUUUCCAGGUGGAGCACCAGUGUUUGGGGAAGUGCCAGGGUCUCUUUGUGCCCCAGUUCUACACCCAGCCUGAGGCGCCCUGCAUCCAGUGCGUCGAGUGCCAGUUGCUCUUUUCACCACAGAAGUUUGUCAUGCAUUCACACAAGUCACCCGAUAAGAGGACCUGCCACUGGGGCUUUGACUCAGCCAAGUGGCCCUGCUACCUGCAGCUUGCCAGGAAGUACCAAGACAUGCCUGAGGAGCCGAAGCUCAAGCAGCUCCUGGACGAGGUCAAAGAGAAGUUCCACUACCAGCUCAAGAGGUCGCUAGACAAAAAGGCAGUGGAGGAAGAGGAGAGCCAGGUGAGGAAACCCUCGGCAGAUCUCUGCUCCCCCAGCAGCAAGUCGGCCGAUGUCGACCCUGCAAGAAAGGGGAAAACAUCUCCACCUACUCUGGUGUUCAACCGUCUUUUCUCAGACAUCAAGGAGGAGCCAGAACACCCCUCCCUGGUCCAUCCCAGUUACUACCUUUACACAUACGAUAAGAUGGUGGCUCCCAACGUGUCUCUGCAGAGGGAGGCGGAGAUGAGCCCCGAGAUGUUCGGAGCGCUGCUCAAACACCACUACAGCCGCAGAGUGCUGGGCCAUGAUGAGCCACCCAUGGAUCUUCACGCGUCGCCUCCCGUCUCUGCUGGCGCCGAGGAGGCCAAAUCCCAACGUGCCGCUGCUGCCUCGGCCACUGAGCGGGAAUGCCAAACCCAGGCAGUUUCCAUGGAGACAAGCAGCCAGAGCUGCAAGAAAGCCACCCACACCCCCGCACACACCCCUCCUCCUCCUCCUCCUCCUGCGUCGUUGUUGUCGCCGGUAACGGAAGUAGCGGCUAAGGACACGGUCUCUGCCAUGAGCAGUGCUGCAGUGGUGGUGGGGGCGCUGGAGGACGACAAGGACAGGAUUGUUGUGGAGAUCAUGCAGAUGUACAGCAGGCAGCAGGAGAAGCUCAACUCCACCCUGCACAAGCAGCUGCAGCUGGAAAUGGAGCUGGAGGCGGUGCGUGGGGGCGAGGCUGCGAGGCUACGGGAGCUGAGCGCCGAGCAACGGGAGCUUCGCAGCGAGCUGGAGGCGGUGCACAGCGAGCAGGCGCGGCAGCUCAGCCAGGCCCGCCAGGAACAGCUGGAGCUGGAGACCCGUCUGGAGCAGCUCCGACAGCAGGCCUGCGCCUGCGAGCCGGGGGCACAACGCCAGCAAGAGGCCCACUACGCUGCACAGUUGUCGGAGCUACGUCAGAGGCUGGAGCGGGCGGAGGCGGACCGGCAGGAGCUGCAGGAGGAGCUGCGCAGGGAGCGUGAGGCGCGGGAAAAGCUCGAGCGCACAAUCAGCCAGCUCAAGCAGCAGAUGGUCCAGUCUGCCACUAUGGGAGGCAGCCCCUCUCCUCCUCUUACCCCUUCAACCGGACCCCCUAACGCCCACUCCCCGCACUCCUCCUUCUCAGAGGCCCCAGCGGCUGGCCAAAAGUAACUGCCACCCCUCCUCAGGCGCCUCCCUCAUUCCUCUCCCGAUCACCCGCCAACUCUACAGACACAAACAAAUCAGCCUGAAGCAGAAAAGGAGCUUCACAUCUCCUCAGGCUGUUUUUUAAGUUGUGCAUCUCACCCUCCCCUUUUUAUUUCAGUGUAGGGACUGACUUUUGUUUUUGUAAUUUAACAUCACUUAAAAGUUUUAUGUUGUGUUUUUUUUAUUAUUCUUUCUUUUGCUUCCCUCUCCUCUCUUUAAAAAGUAUUUAAAGAUUUUUUUGGGCAUGUAUGUUUGAUUUAAUUUAUAGUUUUUACUGAACAAACAGCUGCUUCACAGACGGGAGUUUGGUCAAGUAGAGACCAACUCAACCCAACUCUAUUUUUCCGCCCCUCACCACGAUUGUCAACCUCCUCUCUCAUCCCUUCUUGCUCUCUCUGGAUUCUGGAGCUAAAGACUUGGAGAUUUCAGACUUCAGCUAAUUCAUGCUACUACCUGGCACAGCAGCCGGCGCCCCUCGGACACAUAAUGGUGCUCGGUUGCAUGCCCCUCCUCCGUCUCUCUGUACGUACAGCCCGAGCGCUCAAGUACCAGCGACUGCAGGAAACUGCAUGGACAUUUCAAUUUUUUUUUUGCUCCUUAUAAAACACAGAAAGAAAAGUGUAACAACAUGUUUAAAAACAAAUCUAUAUGGAGGAGAAAGACCUUUACUGUACAAAAAAAAGACAUUUUGCAGAUGUCGUAAAACCUCAUGAAAAUAUGCCAAUAGUGACGCUGAACUUGAAAUGAGUGUUUUGAGUGUGAACCCCACAAGGUAGCUAGCUAGCAAACUGUCUGGCCUGGACCCCAGCUGCUCCUCACACAGGCUAGUUCCCCUCUUCGCUCUGCUGGGCAGCACCUGGACCAACAGUCUGUCUCGGUUGAUCCAGUGUCUCCUCUGGCCCCCCCCCUCCCCACACCUUGCCCUGUUGCCCUCUGCUGGGAAACUCCUUAACUUAACACUGUGGUUUUCACCCACUUUAGGCCAGACUGGAAACACUGUGCUCUUUUCAGGCUUGGCAUGAAGAAGCUCACGAGCAGUGUUGUGCACUUAACACGCUCUCCUCCCCCAGAAUCCCCUGGGAAAGGAAUGUGUCUGGACACGGGGGCUGGUUGAAGCCGGUGUAGCUUUUCUAAGAAAGAGGGAAGUCUGACAUGUGCGGUAGCUGCACUGUGCAACAUCCUUACAUGCCCGCACACACUCGAGUGUGUCGGUGCCGUCCAGGCAUUCAGGCAGAACAAUGGCCCCAGCGUUCCCAGCAGAUGAUCAAAGCUCCAGUCUGUCCCUGUUUUGUUUUCCGGGCUUUUGUGUCUUCAUUGUUAGCAGACGGUUUUUAUCCACCACCCUGUUUUGUCAGAGUGUCAUCUAAGAAUGUGGGUCGCAGGUGAAAGCAGUUAUUCCUGGGGUGGUUUGGGCCUCGAGUCUGGCCCCUGCUUCACGUUAUUCUGCCUGGCUGAACAAACAGCACCGGGCAGGAAGAGGAAGAGAGAGGAGGCGAGGAUUGAGGGGAGCGUUCGGGGGACUGGUGCACUCUCCCCCUGCGGCAGGCUGGGUGGCCCAGACGCCAGGGGUACAGAGGGAGCCCUUUUUGUUUGGUGCCGUCAGAAUGGGGGCAGCUGUUGUUGUCGUCCGUGGGCCUCUGCUCGCCCUCGGGUGAGACUGUACAGGAUCCCCCCCUCGCCCUCUCCCACAAAACGACCGUCACUCACUCACACUUACCCGUCCAUCCAUCUCCAGCGCCGGAUCAGCUGGGGGUGUGCAGUGUUUUGUAGAUGCCCAGGAGAGCGAGCAGACGUCCAGCCAGAGGAAGAGAGGACUUUUAUUGUGUCAGUUGCCAGGCAAAAGCGCUCUUUAUUGCCACUAAGGAGAUCCCCGCAAGCGAGUGUGUGCGUGUGUGUGCAUGUGUGUGUGUGUGUGUGUGUGUGUGUGUGUGUGUGUGUGUGAGUGUAAAUAAUUGUUUAAAAAGAGAAGGGGAUCAGCUAAACGCUGAGCUUUUUUUAAUGCAUCUGCUAUAAAUGCAAAUUGAUAGACAUUCCACUGUGCUCCAUCCUGUUCAAUGCAGAUUUUCUUACACAGCUUCCCUUUACAAUAACAGACCUUAAAGACCGGGCAGAGUACAGUUGUGGUUUGUUGAUUGUCAUAAAAGCAGGUGCAGGUGAAAGCCAGUAAAAUCAAACCCACGCCGCAAAUGUACACUCUACUGUUCCAUUUAUUGAAAUUAUGAAAGAAAAUAUUUAACGUAUUAACUAAAGAUUUAUAUUCACCUUGUAAAUACAGUAGUCAUUAAUAUAUUAACUGUUCUUCUAUGAAAAAUCUUCAAAAGGUUAUAUAAAUUGGACCAGAACUAAGGCUUCAGAUGCUUUCUUUUUUAAAAAAAGUUACUUGACUUUUGUCGAGUGGAUGCGGGGGGAGUGAAACGCAUGGUUUCCUGAGACAUGACGCAGGACAAAGGCAAAAUAGGAAAAUAAUACUUUGUUACACACUUCCCCCCUUUUAUGAAAUGAUGCAUUUGUUUUUUUGUGGAUUUCAUCUUGACGGACUGUUUAACGUGUAAUGUAAUGAGCUCUUUCCUCUUUGUUAAACCCCGUACCCCCCUGAGAUAAAUUGAAAACAAAACACUUGUUUAAGAAAAUGCAUUUUGGAAAAAAACAACAAAAAAUUCUUAAUUUUGUUUUGCAUGUUUUGCUGCCCCUUAUAUUUUGUGUCACCGGGCCAAUCUAUCAAUCUGUUCAUUGUAAAAAAAAAAAAAUAAGAAAAGAAAAGAUGAUGUUUCCCCCUCACGUAACGCACAAACUAUUGAGAUGGCUCAUAUGCAUGAACAUUGAACAUGUGCAAGUUUUAUAUCAUUAUUGGUUUAGAGGUCGGCUAAAUAUAAAGUCAGAGUAUGAAGAACAUAAAAUGUAGCCUAAUUUGAUUGGAAAUGAUGUGUGAAAAUGUGUGUGUGUGUGAGAGAGAGAGAGAGAGAGAGAGAGAGACAGAGAGAGAGUGUGUGUGUUGGCCUCCCACGUCUGACUGAAGCACAGCAGCUUUGAAAAGGGAAAGAGAAAAACUUGCUCAUGUAGCUCUGGAUGUGUACUUAUGUUUUCUGAUUCUGAUCACGUAUCCUUGUCUGGAUGUCGCUCAAAAGAUAAUCAGUAUUAGUUUUUAUUGACUUAAUUACCUCUUUAGCAGGACAAAAAAAAUCCUUUCAAUUCAACACAUUAGCAGAUAACUAAUCUGUUGUCUCUAAUUUUACUUUGUGUAAUUUGCAUUUUAUACACAAGGGGGCGUUGUUUAGCUUCUUUAAUCGUACACCAUAAUGAAAAAAAAAAGGACUAAAUGUAAAUGAAAGGGGAGAAAAAUCCCUUGUAACACGGUUUGCUGGGCCUUUUUGCAUUUUGCAGUGCUAUGAGAACUUGGAUAUGCUUUGUACAGGAUUUUUACAGGUGUGAAGUUUGCCCAACAGACACAAAAACAAGGUGAAAGUGCAAGCAGAGCUUAACCAUGUGCACACGUUUGAAUACAGGAUUUACAUACUCACUUGCUCCCGGCUAUGUGGAGAAAACUAGUAAACAAAAUCCAAGGUGACCUUUGAACUGUUGCAGGUGGUCUGCUAUGUAGUUGGGUGUGUAAUUUUCAGCCAGUAAUUAUUCUAUGCCAGUGUGGGAGAAGUGGGAAGUGUGACUGCAUUGGUGAUUGAUCACACAGAUCACUGCUUACAAAGAAUAGGUACACCAUGUUUUAAUUUAUACACAUCCUGCUAUAGAUGAAAAAAAAAGAUUCAUGGCUUUGCUAAAAAAGACCCCUUUUCUCCCCUCAAUGCUGUUCUGAAACAUGAAACACAAGUGUCUGUGUUUGACCAUUGCAUACUACGUUGCCAAUACUACAGUGUGAUGAGACUUUUGUUCUUGCAUGAAUCGAGACACUGUUCUCCUACCUCAUGUUGUGAUAUAAAAAUAUGUUUUUUAAGCAGAAGACACUGCAUCUCUAACUGUUUAUCAUCAUUGAUAUUUACUAGUAAAUUACAUACCUGUAAAUGCUUUUAGCUAAUACCUCAGUUGUAUCUAGUGUUUGUUUUUUUCUGUUUUUGCCCUUCCCUGAUUUCAGAUCUUGUAAAUAUACCCUGUAUAGACAAUGAACUUGGAUCAAAUUCAAGUAAAGUUCUGUAGUGUCGAA